UGGGCGGAGCCUCCGCUCAGGUAGGCAGUCGGGAUCGCCUGUUUGUUCUCAGGUAACUUUCUGUCACGGAAGUCAAAGAUCCACCAUCCCUGAACGGUGAAAAGCGCGUCGUCAGAAAUGAUUUCACCACAACCUUUCUAAUAGCAGCUGUGAUCUGAAGGGACGUAGAAUCCAUCAUGGUUAACUCAGGUAUGUGAGCGAAGCUGGAAUAUGCUGCGCCAACCUCAAAGACAACAGAGCCCUAAUGAAGAUGGGGUUGACGCUGGUGCUGGUGGGCCACGUCAACUUCCUUCUGGGAGCCCUGGUGCACGGCGCCGUCCUCAGAUACUUCAUUGUUAAGAUUAAGAUCCGGACUAUUAUAUACGCCGUGUCUAACGUCAUUGCCAUUGUGGAAGGUCUGAUUGGUGUUAUCUGUGGGAUAGUUGCUAUUGUCCUGUCUAAGAACAAGAAAAACAAAACCCUGAUGUGGGUUCUGUUGGUCUUCAGCAUCCUAGCAGGUUUCCUAGGACUUGCUGCUGCCUCGGGAUUGUCAUAUUCUUUAGUUAAAGCCAUCAUCCUCAGGAAAGAGCGUCUGCUAAAUAAAUUCUGCAAAUUCUUUGAUGAAACCCCUGACCCUGCGACCAUCACAAACGAGUGCCCCUUCGAUCCUACCCGUAUUUAUGUAACCAGCAUCAUUCUUUGGAUGCCUCUCAUCGUAAUGUGCAUCGUGGAAUCAGUGUUCACCUUUCGUUGCUUUGCUGCCUGCACCUCCUUCCUGUACCUUUGUCCGUGCAGGAAGAAACCGAUCCAGGCAAGGAGGGUUAAAGUCCAGUUCAGGGCUGAUGCUCCACCGCAGUUUGUAGAGGAAGGAGCUGAAGAGCAGCCUGCAGAGCAGGAUGAACUGCUGCACAGUCCAGAGACGCUGAAUGACUGGGUCUAAACCAGCAAAAACAUUUUUCAUCCAACUGAACAGGAUGAAAAACUGAACAGAGAGAAUCUGUUACAAUUCAAAUAUUUUGAUAUAUUUGGAUUUAAGUAAGUUAAAGCAGUUGCAUUUUAUUAUUUAUGCCCAUUAGUGGCAUAU